AUUUAUUAUCGUUGGGCUAGUUUCCUCCUCCCCCAGAGUGAGAUAACCAAUUUUGCUACGUGUGGUGUCUUAAACAUACAUAACUUCCUGCGAUGCAGAUUUGUUUACUGAUUACAGAAGACGAUAGCGACGAUUACUAAGGCAAUAACACUUUUCAGUCUCCACCUUUAUUGCUUUUUGGGAACAAGAAAAUCAAACAAGCAAGCACGCAAACGCUACACCAAACAAAUUGGCGGCGUGACAAUCUACUCCCUCGGCACUCCUCUAACUCCUAGCAGCCUCUAUCGAUGCACUCGGAAGCUCGGCUGACGCUGCCUGGCGCUGGAACCAGGAAGGCGGUGAGCUUAAACUGAAGCAAGUUCGGAGGACGGCCCCGGCGCCCAGAUUUGAAGGGACGUUUCUUGGUCUGUGGCGCUUGCAGGUCUACGGGAGGCGUGAGGCCGAAGGCCGGGACCCAGAAAUGGGACGCCGGUCGUCAGAUACUGAAGAAGAAAGCAGAAGCAAGAGAAAAAAGAAACACCGUCGACGGUCAUCUUCAAGUAGUUCUUCAGAUAGUAGAACAUACAGCCGAAAGAAAGGUGGAAGGAAAUCAAGGUCAAAGUCAAGAUCUUGGUCCAGAGAUCUUCAGCCUCGCUCUCAUUCGUAUGAUAGAAGACGCAGGCAUCGAUCAAGCAGUAGCUCUUCUUAUGGCUCUAGAAGAAAACGAAGUCGAAGUCGUUCAAGGGGUCGAGGGAAGUCCUAUAGAGUUCAGAGAUCUAGGUCAAAAAGCAGAACAAGAAGGUCCAGGUCAAGACCUCGUCCACGUUCCCAUAGUCGAAGCAGUGAAAGGUCCAGUCACCGAAGAACCCGUAGUCGAUCUCGGGAUAGAGAACGACGUAAAGGCAGAGACAAGGAGAAAAGAGAAAAGGAGAAAGAUAAAUGCAAGGACAAGGAAUUACACAGCAUCAAACGUGGGGAAUCUGGAAACAUCAAAGCUGGAUUAGAACAUCUGCCACCAGCUGAACAGGCCAAAGCCAGACUACAGCUCGUUCUUGAAGCUGCUGACCAAGCCACCCUGGUCGAACAAGUAAAAAGAGUAAAAGAAAUUGAAGCCAUUGAAAGUGAUUCUUUUGUUCAGCAGACAUUCAGAUCAAGUAAAGAAGUCAAAAAGUCUGUGGAGCCCGGUGAGGUGAAGCACACAGCUGUGCCGUCAGCACCAGCAGCUGCUGGUCCUCCCAGCGGGGAAAAAGAAAUAGACCCCAGCAGCAUCCCCACCGCCAUCAAGUACCAAGAUGACAAUUCUCUGGCCCAUCCAAAUUUAUUUAUUGAGAAAGCUGAUGCUGAGGAAAAGUGGUUCAAGAGAUUAAUUGCUCUCCGACAAGAAAGGUUAAUGGGCAGUCCUGUGGCCUAAGUAAUGUACAUAUGGUUGAAUUAACAUUAACAUUGGAAAUUUAGGUUUUUAAAUCCCAAUAUUAACUUUUUACUCUUAAAAAGCAGUUAGUUGAUUAUGUGAAAAGGUAAUGUUUCAUUCAUUCUCAUGUAGGCUUGAAUAUUUGUUGAUUUGAACUUAAUCAAACAUUGUGAACGUUAAAACUAGUGUAAAAUUUAACAAUGCAUGAAAAUGUCAUACUGUUAAUAAAGUUAAUCCUAAAAAUAUCAGUGGUAAAAUAAAUGGUACACAGUAUUGUUUGAGUAAAAUUGGAAAAAUAUCAAGUCGUCAUUUAAGGACAUAAUUUUAAUUAAUAAUGCAUAAGUAAGAAUCAAACUAUAUGCUCUCCAUGUGAGAUUUCAUCUUCCAUGCAUGAUGAAACCAUUUUUGAAUCUUUCAUUUCACCUUAUUGUAAAAAUUUAGGCAGAACGAAAAGCACUCUAAACAAUCUUAAGCAGAAUGAGCAUGUUAAUCUUACAGGAAAAACAUAUUUUUUGAAAACAUUUCUUGAAAAUCAAAUAAAUUGAUGAUUUAUUGCUUA